AUGAAGUUCAUCGCUAUCUUCAUCACCAGUGCUUUGCUUGCCACUGUCACAAGCGCACUACCCACACGUCUUGCUGAACGGAACCCCGCUCAUCGUUUCCAAGGAUCGAUGCCACCUCCUAAUUCGCCCCACCUAGCCCAUUACAACGGCACCGGUGAUGGUAGCGACAACGAAAAUUACCCUGAAACCGAUACCAUCACCGCUGCUAGCACCUCUACCACGACCACUGCAGCUGAAACAACCCUGCAGUCGUCUACAAAGCCUCCGCUUCCUGUUGAAACAAUAACAACAACCUAUUCGAUUGUCGUUCCGACGUCGAUUGGAAGUGACGCAACUGCGUUGGCGUAG